AUACUGAGUGAUGAGGAAAAGCGCGCAGAGUAUGACAAAUGGGGUUCAUUCAAAGGGGGGUCUGCAUGGUCAACUGGAUUUGGGGAGCCAUUUGCUCAAGGAACGGACAUUGAGGUGGCCCUGAAUAUUCCUUUCAUGGAUGCUGCUAAAGGUGCUACAAGAAGUGUUUUUUAUGAAGCUGUUACUACAUGUAAAACUUGUCAAGGCCGUGGUACUAAAGCUGGAAAAAAGCGUGAUGUUUGUAUUUCGUGUAAAGGUUCGGGUGUGCGGUCUUUAUCUGUUGCAUCAGGUUUUCGUAUGCAAGUUACAUGUGAUGAAUGCGGUGCAGAAGAUGGAAUGAGGGUACGGAUACCAAAAAAAGGGGACGCGCCAUUUGAUAGUGAAGGUUUACCUGGUGACUUAAUUGUUCGUGUACGUGUGGCACCUCACAAGACAUUCAAACGGCAAGGUUCCAACGUUUUUGUUGAAGCUCAAGUCCCGUUUCACACGGCCAUACUAGGUGGUUCUAUUCGAGUUCCUACAAUAGAUGGAGAUGUAGAAUUAAAUGUCCCAGCUGGUUCGCAACCGGAUCAGCAAAUGGUUAUGAAAACACGAGGAAUCCGAAAAAUUGGAACCAGUUAUCGUGGUGAUCAAAUUGUG